UGCAGGUCAAGGAUCGUCAGUUCGUGCCCAGAUUAAUGCAAUGCGUCGUGCUAGUCGAGUUCAACAACUCCAGAAUCAAUUUGCUAAACAACAGCAGCCGACUCAGAAUUUUAUUGUUCAACAGCCACGUGCUGGACGUCGUGUCCAACAGGUUAUCUUGAGCCGACCACAACGCAGAACUCAAUAUAUUCUCGUUCAGCAGCAAAAUCGUGGUCAGAAAUUUGGUCAGCUUCAGAACAACAAUUCCAACGCUUCGAAACGCUUUGUUCGUCGACAGCAAUACUUCGGCAGAAUGCGUGGUCAGAAUCGUGGACAGAAGUUUUCGGUCGUUGAUACGUUCUAUGAGCCACCGAAUUUUCUUCAACGAAUUUAA